AUGACAGAGGCCGACUUUGACGCCGUCAUAUCAGUCAAUCUGAAGGGCGUGUUCCUGUCCUGCCAGGCCGCAGCGCGCCGCAUGGUCGCGGCCGGGCGCGGCGGCAGCAUCGUGUGCAUGUCGAGCGUCAACGGGACGAUGGCGAUCCCCACCAUAUCCGGCUACAACGCAUCCAAAGGCGGCGUGAACAACCUGAUGCGCUCCAUGGCGCUAGCCCUCGCACCCCACAACGCGAGCGGGCGGCGGGGCGCGGCGGCGGGCGCCGGCGGCCUGCGGCGCGCCCACCAGAGCACCCACCGACGAUCACCACAACCGCCCAUGUUCUCAAUCACCACCAUCGACACCGAGGUCCUGGCCGCCGUCGUGGCAGACGAGGAGGCGCUCGGCCGCGUGCUCUCGCGCACGCCCCUCGGCCGCGUGGGGCGGCCGGAGGAGGUCGCGAGCGUCGCGCUCUUUCUCGCGUCGGACGCCGCGUCUUACAUCACGGGGGAGGUCAUCACCGUGGACGGCGGCAGGCAGGCGCUCAACUACACAAUGCCGCCGCAGGCCCCAAAGCCCGGGCCCAAGUGA